AGUUUUCCCCAUUUCAACCUUUUUUCCAUUCCACUUUAUUAAGGUAUUCUAGUUUCUAGACUGUAAAAGCUGUAAGAUAGAAGUUCUUUACUUCCAUAAACUCGUUAAUUUAUGUAGAUUUAUUAUAUUUUUAUUAAAAAUUGUGAUUGUACAGCUCAUUAUUUUUGUAGUGUUUUAAAUAAAGAUACAGUGGCGAAUAUCAUACAUUAUAUAUAACACAGGAAAAUGGAUUUGACCAUUCUAAUAUUCAUAGCCCUCUUUGCUGUUGCAUCUUUUCUAUUAUUUGUGGUGUAUAAGUUUGGAAUCAAGGAGAAGAGUUAUGAAGAGGCACUAGCUGAGCAAAGGCAGCAAACUAAUAUCUUACUGGGCACAAAAUCCAAGCCUAAAGAGAAGAAAAGCAAAAAGGCAAAUAAAAAGCCCAAGGAAAAACCUGUCCAAGAAAAUGACGUAAAUGAGUCAGAAAAUACUGAAAAUAAAGAAAAUGCCCAUCCUAGUAAACUUCACGUGGAAUUCAAAGAAGAAACUGAAGAAGUCAUCAUCACAGAGGAGCUGAAACUAGCAUCCAGUAAGGAGUCAAACAAGCAGAAAAAGGUGAAAAAGGUUCGUCCGAUUCUGGUGAAAAAGGAACAGUCGCCCCAGAGAAUCGCUCUGGAAGUCGUUGAAGCUCCGAUUGCUAAUCAUUUUGAAGAGAUUCAACCAAAAGACGACUUCGAGUUGUUGAGAUCCAACAGUAGAGACGACAUUUUCAAACAAGAACCGGUCAAAGAGAAGGUAGUAAAAGAGAAGAAACAAACGACUGAAGUCGGCGUGACUGCCAAAAACAAGAAAAACGCGAAGACCCAACAGACCGAAGUCGGCAAGCAAGAGAAACCGGCGCCACCUCCAGAAGAAAAGGUAGAAGAGAAAGUCAUCAUCGAAGUUAUUCCGGCGGUUCCGCAGACGAACGGCAUCGUCGCAAAUACCGGUAAAGAAAAGAAGAAAAAGAAAAGCGAGUUUAACACUAAACAGCAAUUAUCUGCAGAACGAGACGGACUAAUUAACUCGGUGCGUAAAGCUGAAUUGUCUAAGACUGAGAUACAAUAUCUUAUUGAUCUAUUACUAAACAAGCAGCUUGAGGCUCCUGCAGUUAUCGAUGAUUGGAGUGAGGGUAAAUCCGAUCCAGUUCAAAAGCUGAAAAGACAACUCGCCGAGAAAGAAAAAGCCCUCGUCGACGAACAACAGGCACUUGUCGGCGCUCAGGCCAAGUUGAGAGAGAUAAGAAGCGAACAACAGGCAGAAAAAUCACAACUUCAACAGAAACUGCGCUUAUUGGAGGAAUCGAUGCAAAACAAACAGAUAGAAAUCCAAGCGGCCGCCAAUCGGUAUCAAGUCGCGGCUCAGAAGAUGCAGCAAAUUCAAAAUGAACUCAGCGCCGAGAUGAUGAAGACACGCAAACUGAUGGACGACAACAAUGCCUUGCAGAUGCAAGUCCAGCAAUAUGAAGUUAGCAUUCCGCAAGUGCAGGAGAGUGAAGGUAUUAUAAUGAAAUUGAGGACUGAAUUAAACGACGCCGCAAAUUCCAAUCAACAACUUCAACAACUCGCCGUGGACAAAGAUCAUCAAAACCAAAACUUGCUGAUGCAGAUUGCCACAUUGAAAGAUUCGAUGCACGACGCCCAAAAGAAAUUGGAAAUUUAUAUACGCAAGGAAAACGACUGGACGAGAGAGAUGUCAAGUUUGAACACUUCGCAGCAGAAGCAAUUCGAAGAGCAACGAAACCUGGAACAUACAGUUUCUCAACUUAACGGGCUGUUGCAUAACGCCAACAGUGAAAAAGCGGAAGCAACUAAGAUAAUAGCACAGCUCAAAGCAGAUCUCCAGAAAACCAAGGAAGAGCUCAACGGCCUGGGUGAUAUACCGGACAGCAAAAACAAACACGAAGUCGAAAUCCUCAAUUUAAGUAACGAAUUAUCUUCAACCCGUAACGAACUGUCGUCGAAGAUCGAGGAAUUACAACAGAACGAACGAAAGUACAAGACAGAAUUGGAAACAUCAAACAAAAAAUACCAAUUGAUACAAAAAGAGUUGGAGGAACAGAAAACGAAGAAUAAUGAGUUGCGCACAAAGAACUGGAAAGUGAUGGAAGCGUUAAAUGCAGCCGAAAACAAGAAUAAAGAACCGAGCAAAAAGCCAGAUAUUGACGUUAAACAAUUGUCUUCGGAGAUCAUAAGUAAAGAGCAGGAUUCCCAGAAACAAUUCAUGCAACGGCUAUUCCCCGACAUCGAAGCCUUAAAGACGCUCAACUCUAGCGACUGGCAGGAUCAAUGUGCUAAACUGAUCGAGAAGUACGUCAGAUCUCUCAAAGAAGAGCAACAACACAGUUCGCAACAUUCUUCUCCUCAGAAAUCUUCCGAAGUGAUAAAAUUGCAGGCGCAAAUUGAGCACUACAAAAAUACUAUAGACGACACGGAGGGCUUGUUAAACGAACUCCAAAAACGUGUAGAGCAAGAAGAAAUGACGUGGAGGGGUCAGUUAGCUGCGAAAGAAGCAGAACUAGAGAAUUUAAAAGCUAGUCAUCUAUCGCAGAAUCCUGUAGAACUGCCAGAGUUUCAAGGAGUUGAAUUUGCCUACAAAUGCAUAGAAAAGUCGCUGCCAAUGAUAAUUAACGAGUUGCAAUCAAAACUUGUAAAUUUAGAAAACCUCUUAUCGAAGGAAGUCGAAGAGAAAAAGAAGCUUUUAGAAGAGUGCCAACUGCUUAAAAGUCAAAAGACACAAUGUAGCACGCAAGCCGACUCGACAGCUACAAUAGAAAAACUGUCAGAGGAGGUGAAUCAUUUACGAGAACAACUUAGAUUAGAACAAACUAAAAACGGAGACGUAGGAGUUUGUAUUAAAGCACAAAAUUGUAAUAAUUCUUCAAAUGGACCUUCUUUUCUUGACCAUUGUUUGUCGUCGUCGUCUAGUGUAGCUUCGUCUCUUAUCGAAGAUUAUAAAAAACCAAAGAAUAAAAAAAGAAAGAAGAAGGUAUCCAAUGUAAGAAACGCCAACAUUUGUUCAAAUAUGGGGUGUCAGUUUUUGUACUGUGAUGGUAACAGCUGCGGCAACAAUUUAUAAGCCAACGAAGUAUUUAAAAAGGCGGAGAGAAAUCAAGAAUAAGUUGUUAAAGAUUAUAAACGUUGAAAAAUAACACUAGAUUUACACUAUUUACUUAACACAUAAUUUUAACGAAAUAAUUUACAUAAUAGUAUGCGUUAUCAUUCCUUUUAUGUUUUUGUUGCGUGUGCAAUAACUUUUUCUAUGUUUAUUUGUAUUUUUAAGUUUACUUUACUAGUAUUUCGCGGCAAUAGUUUCUUAGAAAUGGGUUCUACAAGGUGGUUGGUUUCCACUCGGGUAAAAUCAGUUUUAUUUUUCAAUCCGGUGCUCAAAUUUAUGUUUUGACAAGUGUAUUUUGCUUAAUCCUCAAAAUGAAAAAACAAUCUAUAAAUUUGUAAAAUGGUGGAAACUGGGGAUUAGGUCAAUAACUAUAAGACAGUUGAAGAACCAUUUGGAUAUCUUAUCCAAUAACUCCAGAACAGUUGACAAACCAUUUGACUACAUUUGGUAUGUCCCUUCAACCUGGUACCGUAUCAGGUAUCUUCAGUACGUUUGAAGAGCUGUAGUUUUUGGGUACUUCUUGUUCGUCCUCUUUUAACAUUAACAAUUUGGUAUAAAUUAUCUCCAAAAAUGCUUCCCUACUAGGCUACAGCUAUUUGAAGAUGAUAAUACAUUAUUCAAUAACUCAAAGACAGUUGACAAACCAUUUGACUACAUUUGGUAUGUCCAUUCAACAUGGUACCGUAUCAGAUAUCUUCAGUCCAUUUGAAGAUAUGUAGUUUUUGGGUACUUCCCCUUCAUCUUCUUUCAACAUUAACAAUUUGGCAUAAGUCUGCUCCAAAAAGGUUUCCAUAUUGGGCUACACUAACAAUGGCUACAAUGGGCUACAAUAACUCCAGAACAGCUGACAAACCAUUUGACUACAUUUGGUAUGCCCCUUCAACAUGGUACCGUAUUAGAUAUCUUCAGUACGUUUGAAGAGCUGUAGUUUUUGGGUACUUCUCGUUUAUCUUAUUUCAACAUUAACAAUCUGGCAUAAAUCAUCUCCAAAGAUACUUUCCUACUAGGCUACAGCUAUUUGAAGAUGAUAAUAUAUUAUUCAAUAACUCAAAAACAGUUGACAAACCAUUUGACUACAUUUGGUAUGUCCCUUCAACAUGGUACCGUAUCAAAUAUUUUGAGUACGUUUGAAGAGCUGUAGUUUUUGGGUACUUCCUUCACAUUCAUCUUCUUUUAACAUUAACAAUUUGGCAUAAAUCAUCUCCAAAAAUGCUUCCAUGUUGGGCUACACCUUUUGAAGAUGAUGAUUUUUAUCCAAUAACUCCAUAACAGUUGACAAACCAUUUGACUACAUUUGGUAUGUCGCUUCAACAUGGUGGUACCGUAUAAGAUAUCUUCAGUACGUCUGAAGAGCUGUAGUUUUUGGGCACUUCUUUUAAUAUUAACAAUUUGGCAAUCACCUCAAAAAAUGUUUCCUAUAGAGACAAAAGCUAUUCAAAAGUGUCGCCACAGAAUUGUACCACAGAUAUUUUUUAAUACUUGUAGAACCCAUUUCCACAUCAUGCUUUUAUUAAGACUUAUUAAAUUAUCUGUGAGAUUGUAAAUUUUAAGUAGACAUGUGAAACAAUUGAGAAAAAGAACUCGUUAAAUUAAUAAAUGAAAGUACUAAAUAGGCAUCUGCUUUUUGUUAGGACGUAUUGAAGCUUAUUCAUAAGGUAUCGUUUUAGUUAAAACUACAUAGUAUAUAUUCUUGUAAGAGAAAAGGGAUGCGUAUGAAAGAAUCAAAUUAAUAUAUGUUAUUUUAAAAAUAUUAGCUUCCUUUUGUAUACUUUUCAAUAAUUUCAAUAAAUAUUUAUACUAU